CCGUCCCCCACCGGUCGCCCUCCCCCCGCGGUUGCUCGGCCAUGUACGGCCCUUCUUCGGUUGGUCCACACUUUUUCUCCGACCCCGAGCCCAACCCAUUGCUUUGAGCGAUUGGACUCCUUGUUCCUUUUCGUUUCGUGGACGAGGGAGGGGGAGCAUGGAGGAGGAGGAGGCGACUGACGGGCGCUGAACGGCGGAUGGCGCGUCGGAUUGGAGGCGGCCGAGCUGCUUGGGGGAUUCCGAGCUCCUCGGGAGGGGAUCGAAUGCGGAGCCUGCUCGGCGGCGGGUUGUGAGGAGCUCUAGUGCCAGUCGGAGUCGGUGUUCUUGGCGGCUUCGUCAGCUAAGCUCUCCCUUUAUUCAGUUUCAGUCCUCAUUGCAAGUUGCUGUUGCUGUUGCGCUGCCGUGCCCUGCUCUCGGGGUCCGUUUGCCUGUGAGAUUCCGAGGAGAUGGACGACGAGGACUACUCGUGGGUGCGGCGCACCAGGUUCUCGCAGUCCAUCGUCAGGUCCAGCUCCGGCAGGGAGCAGUAUGGCGCGUUUAUCGAGCAGUUCAGCACCGACCUGAAGCUGAACGGAUUGGGCGCGGGGCCCAGGCUCCCUCGCCAGAAUCUACAGCCCGUGGCGAAGGGAUCCGUGCUCUCGAACUCGGCAAGGCUGCCGAUUCCCAAGGCCAAAUCGGCGGUUGCGCAGUCGGAACGGAAGCUGAAGCAUGUGUCUUCAGAUGGCCAAUUGAACCGAGACAGGAGCAGUGACCGCUCGCCGCGACAGGCGUCGGCGAAGCAGGACCUGAAGGGGGCCGGCCUGAGCUUGGACAUUCCACAGCGGCGUGUGGUCCGGCCAUCCAAGGAUGAGAGCCCAGACGCGCUGGAUUUCUCUUUCCACUCUGAAGAGCACAGCCAAAGGCUUCAGAGAGUGUGCUCCAGCCCAGCUCCUUUCUACUCGCAGGAUGCAGGGCCACCAGUUGAUGAUUCCAGAGCGCGAAGUGCAUCUAUGAAGGUCAUGGGGGAGGUAUCGAAGCCGGCGCCGAAGCCGAAGCGCAGGGCAAAAUCCCCUAUCCCCAAGCGCGUCAUCUCCGACGUGUUCAAGGAGGCCAAGGCUGCCACCAAGAGGUUCUCCAGCCCGCAGCGGCAGAGGAAGCCUACCUCUCCACGGUCACCGGAUGACAGCCCUCCGUUCGGCUUCGCUUCGCUGAAAACACCAAGCAGACUGAAGAUUAAUAGGAGGACAUCCUCAUGGCCGAGGAGGAACCUUGACGAUGGAGCUCCAAAGGUUGCUGCAUCGGAGAUCCUCGAGAGAUGGACAGUCGACCGCUCGGAGUUGCUCAUCGGCCAUAGAUUUGCGUCCGGGGCGUAUAGCCGGUUGUUCCAUGGGAUCUACAAGGAGCAACCUGUUGCUGUGAAGUUUAUCAGGCAGCCUGAUGAUGGUGAGGAUGAAGAGUUGUCUGCUCGGCUUGAGAAGCAGUUCACUGCAGAGGUUACCAUUCUGGCAAGGCUCCAUCAUCGAAAUGUCAUCAAGCUUGUUGGAGCGUGUAAUUGCCCACCAGUCUUCUGUGUCAUCACUGAGUUCCUGUCUGGGGGUUCUUUGAGGGCUUUCUUACGCAAGCUGGAGCGUAAAACCCUUCCUAUGGAGAAGGUCAUUUCUAUUGCUUUGGAUAUUGCUCGUGGCCUGGAAUACAUUCACCUGCAAGGAAUUGUUCACCGUGAUGUGAAACCUGAGAACAUUUUGUUUGAUGGAGAAUUCUGUGCUAAGGUUGUCGAUUUUGGAGUGGCCUGUGAAGAAGCAUACUGCAAUUUGUUAGAGGAUGACCCAGGUACUUAUAGAUGGAUGGCACCAGAGAUGUACAAGCACAAGCCCUAUGGCCGGAAGGUUGAUGUUUAUAGCUUUGGACUUCUCUUGUGGGAGUUGGUCACUGGUUCACUCCCUUUUGAAGAUAUGACACCACUCCAAGCAGCUUUUGCAGUUGUCAAUAAGAACUUGAGACCAGUUAUUCCUUCGAGCUGCCCGGCAGCAGUAAAAUUUCUGAUUGAGCAGUGUUGGUCCUGGCAACCAGAGAAGAGGCCUGAGUUUCGACAAAUUGUUUCAAUCCUUGAAAACCUGAAGACAGUUCUUGAAAGAAAUGGAACACUUGACAAGAUCCCAUGCUUCAUCUGCGAGCCCCAGGAAUGCAAUGAUCAGAACAAGAAGAAGGUUUCCACCUGGAUCCAGAGGCUGUCGUACACUCAACCUGAUUUCUCCGGACCCCCACCCCCGAAGUUACUGUAAUUAUGCAUCUUCUUAUCAAUUUUUAGUAGCGUGUUAUCUAGUACUUCCUCUGUUCAAAAUUAAUUAAGUCAUUCCAACUUUCUUGAGAGUCAAACUGUUUUUUUUUCAAAAUUAUAAGUCAUUCCAACUUUCUUGAGAGUCAAACCGUUCUAUGUUUGACUAAAAUUACAAAUUACAAAUUGCAGAGAGGAUCAUAAAAAUUUUAUGGCAUGAAUAGAUAUACUAUGAAAAUAUAUUUAAGAAAGAAACUAAUGGUACUUAUUUGGUAUCAUGAACGUUAGUACUUUAUUGUAUAAAUUUGGUUAAACUUGAUAUUAUUUGACUCUCCAAAAAAGUUGGAAUGACUUAUAAUUUAGAACGUGGAACGGAGUUAGAACGUGGAACGGAGGGAGUAGAUAGCAACUCUAAAUUUAUUUUUCUUCUUUUUUUUGCUGAGAGAUCAAAAGUUCAUGGUAUAUACUCGGAUACAAUACUUGUUAGGAUCAGAGUAAACACUUUUUGUUUGGUUACCUCAAUAGACGUUGUCUUCAUUGUACUUGUGGCAGAAGGUAACUGAAACUCCAAUCGAAACCUUGUCAAAA